AUAAAUUCCAAUUUAUUUGUUCAGUAUAACUAAUCUAAUCAGCAUAACAGGUGAGAGGAUUUUAACCAACCUUUAUAACAAGUGGCUCAGGAAUUUCAAGACAAAAAGAUAAUGAUCAACAAUGCUCGAGUAGGUCCACAUCAAACACAACAAUCGCAACCAGAUGUACUCACAUCACGAAUAAGAAAACUUCGAAUACUUGGCGGACUGCAGAUCUGUCUAGGUGUUGUGUGUGGUAUCCUUGGUAUUAUUGGUGCUAUUCUCAGUAACACCAUAAUGAAAAGCCGUUGCAACAGUUUAGACUACUCCCACUAUAACAGCCAUUAUGGUAGUAUGACUGCAUAUUCGUAUAGUCAUUGAUGGAGUGCAAGCACAGUCUUUAUAAUGGAUUUGAUAAGCAUGGCUAUGUCAGGAUGGUUUAUACUGACAGGCUGUGUACCGCAAUGUAUGACAGAACAACGUGAAUCAAGUUGGAAAUGUUCAACAAUAGCUUUUCUGGUUUGUUACAUAUUAUCAGCAGUUGUGUUUUCGUCCACUGUGUUUAGCUUAGCUAUUAUCGUAGCUCUUGUUGCUAUGUUUGAUACAAACACCGAAAGUGUAAUUGCAGUUUCUGGCUUCCAAGCUCUUUUUUCUUUCAUCGAAUUCAUCAUAUCUAUUGUUGCUGCAGCACACUGCUGUUGUUGUUCACAACUCAAUACGGGAAAUCAACAAGGUGUCAUAUUAAUGAACACUGUACAAUCUGGAAUGAAUAAUAACAUGCGGAACACUCAAAUACCUACAGGACAUCAGCAAGGAUACCAUCAAAUGUGGAUGCCACAAAUGCAAGGAUAUGAUAGUCAACAGCCAGCAAAGAUGCCAAAUAACCAACAUCCACCAGGUCAUUCAAAUGAAAAUCAGAUGCCAAUGCAAGGAAACGAAGAUCAGUUACCACAAACCUUUGCGACGGCUAGCCAGUAACAAAACAUAAACGCACAGCAGUUUAUAUACCAAACUACAUCUACUGUAGAUAACUGUCAACCAUUUCCGUCAUUUAUUCGUCAAAUGUAGAUAACUAAAUUAUUACAAGCGUAUUGCCAUUAGACAUGACAUUGUAUAAUAAUACAGCUUAAUAAAAACUUACCGAGUAAAACAAUCACUGUAAAUGUUUUUAGAUAGACAUUGCUAGUUAUCCUUCAUAUAAAAGAGAAAUAAAAUGUUGUAUUAUGUUUAGGUCAGAUUGAAUAGGCUAGUUAUUCUUUUGUUAUUUUUGAAAAGUUAUAUAGGUAUCAAAUUGGAUUGUUGAUUGAUAAACCCCUUUGACUCUGUCACUUCUAUAAUUAUCUAGCUGAUUUGCUCUGUUGAUUAUGCAAUAUUAUUCUGCAUUUGUAAAAUCUUCUUUACUGUUAUCUUUGUAGUCAUUUUGCAGAAAACAAAACAUUGGGGCAAGCAUGUCUUAAUUAUAACAUCAAAGACAUAAAUUAAGGCUACAGUAGUUUACUGGUAUACAAUCUCGUAAAUCGAUUGACAAAUGUCAAAAUUCUGCUGGCACAAUCGCACGAACACCAAAUCGGUUGUAUCGACAUAGUAAGGGUUACCACUAUGAAUCGUUAUCAAAGGUACCAGGAUUAUAAUUUAGUACGCCAAACGCGCGUUUCGUCUACAUAAGACUCGUCAGUGACGCUCAUAUAACAAUAUUUAUAAAGCCAAAAAAGUACAAAGUUGACGAGCAUUGUGAGUAUCAACCGACAUGAGUCAGUCAUAACUAAGUACAUCUCGAAUACAACACAAUAAGAAAAUUAGAGAUCAGACGACUAUACGGGUAUCGUAAAUUCAGUAAAAUGCGAAAACAUGUCGCUAGUAAGUCGAGACACUUACACAUCGUAUUGGUCACAAGUGUAUGAUUACAUAUAAGGUAUAAUUUCAAUCGUUUUGUCAUAACUCUUAUGAGCAUGUUUUGUGUUAACAUAAACGGUAGCAAUUUUACUCCUUCGAAGCUUUUUCUUUUCAAAUUAAUAGAAUUGAGUAUCACAAUGAAAACAAAUUUGAUUUAGAAAGCAAACAAAAACUAUUUUUACUGGCGAUAAAGAAAAAUCACCCAAAGCCAUUAAACUUAAGAAAGCUACUUGAAUAAACUUAGUUCUAAAAGAGAUAGUAAAUGUUGUUUAUACUUUUUAUGAAUGGUUAAACGCAUCAAAACAAAUGUUGGAUAAAACCUUGUUUUAUACCUAACUAAACCUCUCUUUUGUAUGACAGUCCCAUCAAAUUCCUUUAUAUUGACACCGAUGAGUGAACAAAACUAACAGGCAUAUUACACAUGUCAAACAUAGGGGUUCAGCAGUCAACAUUGUGUUAGAAUCUCAAUCACUACACAAACGAACAAAUCUGUCAAAAAAGAAAACAACCAGUCAUGUAGACAAAGCACAUUAGGAAAAACAAACCACAAAACAAUAACGGAGCAUAAUCGUAAUACCCCUAGCAGGUUUUCUGUCCGCCUGCAGCUUGACGAAUCUUUAACAUCGCGUACUUCUUUUUCAUACUCUAAUUC